AUAAAUUUUUUUAUACGUGAAUGAUAAUUAAAUUGUUAUAUAAAUGUAUAGGAAUAUUUCAACUUAUUUAAAAAGUAGUAACUAAUCUUGUGAAAUAAAUAAUUUUAAUGAUAUUAUUUAUACUUAAAUCUUCUCAUUUAUGCAGACAUCAUCACGCAGAGAAAGUAGUCUCUAUGGUAAACGUUCUCUGCUCUACGUUACGGUUUAAUUCACAAGGUAAAAUUUUGUUUCAAUAUUAAAGGUAUGGCAUCACUUACCACGCCACAGCUGUUUGCGUCUACAAACACAAAAUCGGGAUUUAUGACAACUUUGCGAAAAUUUUACGCAAAAAUAAAUUUUACUUUUUCUAUAAAGUGUUAUGGAUAUAUUCUCAAACAUAAAGGAAUAAAUGCAUUUUAUUCAUAUUUUAUAUAAAUAAUAUAUAAUCUGUGUAGUGAGUGUAUAUAUAUAUAUAUAUAUAUAUACAGUGUAUCAGGCAAUCGGCACUUAAACGAAGAAACGUGCAGCAGAUGAUGGAAUCAAUGGACGCCUCAGGGUCGGCUAAUGAAUCUGAAACACCAGCAGACGCGCCUGUUCUAAUGGAAACAGAUGAACCUAGUGAGCCUGCUGCAUCAAGCGCUGGAAUUACGAAUGCAGGAAAUAACGCUAAUUCUGAAGGCAAUAUCGACAAUACUGCUAGUGCAGAUGCUGGUGGUACAACUUCUGACGAAACGAAUGAUAACGGCAACGGGAAUGAGAACACUAGCAGUCAAGCUAGUGAUCAACACAACGGUGUGUCUUCAAGCACUGACAUGCCACCGCCACAACCGACAGGAAAUGUGCCUGCGGGAGAAAAUGAAGCUGUAGCAACUACGCCAUCAGGGCCACCUAUUGAUGAAGAAGAUGCUAAAUGGCACACAGUGGGCAUUUAUAAUGGACUUAAUGCUACGGUUUCUUCGUACAUUGAUAAUAGCAUAUGGUCGUCUUCUGGUUUAAAAUUGACUUCUAGAAACUUACCGGAUCUUACAACAAUUCAACGUGUUAAUCUUGAGCCUGGUACAGCUUACCGUUUUCGUUUACGCGCCAUCAAUACUUGUGGUGCUAGUGAUUGGAGUGAGAUAUCAAGUUUCAAAACCUGUUUGCCCGGUUUUCCAGGCGCACCAUCUGCUAUUAAAAUAUCAAAAUCAUCCGAGGGCGCCCAUCUUACUUGGGAACCACCACCGAGCUGUGUGAAUUCCAAUGAAAUCAUCGAAUACUCCGUUUAUUUGGCCGUAAAACCAGGCAAAGAUAAAGAUGGUAAGCCUAUUGGUGCUGGUGCACGCCUACCAGCCCAACUUGCAUUUGUACGCGUCUAUGUGGGUGCAGCUAAUCAAUGUACAGUAGCACAUUCGUCCUUGGCAACAGCACAUGUGGAUUGCUCAAACAAGCCAGCUAUUAUAUUCCGCAUUGCGGCGCGUAAUGACAAGGGCUACGGACCGGCGACGCAGGUUAGGUGGCUGCAGGAUCCAGUACAGACUGGCUCAUCUCCGGGCGGUAGUUUGGCUGGCAAUACGGGUAGCAUACAGUCUCCAACGCGAAUCAAACCAGAAUUGGGCAGUGCAUCGCCAAAUAAACGUUUUAAGGGUAGUGGAGGAGCAGGUGGGGGUGGACGCACUGUUUUGCCUUGAGUGGGUUUACAGUUAUAAAAUCGAGCGCAGGACACUAAUAUUUAGUUUAUAAGUAAUACUUUAUAAAUACAUUCAAAUAAAUUCAAAAUUAAUCUAUCUAUAAAUGAAGAUAGCCAAAUGUAAACCGUCGAUAUAAAUUUCGUAUUCUAUCAAGGCAAUGUCUCAGUUUCAUACAGCGUUUACGUCAUACUUCCGGAGAUUAUCUGUAAGCACAUUAUAAAAAAAUACCCCGUAUGUACAUGUACAAGAACUUUGAAUCAAUAAAAUUAUUUACGAUUGCAUCGCGUUGUGUUUGGAUCUUUCAAACAUUUGCUGAUGAUUUCAAU